CAAAACCACCACACACACACACACACCACUGGUACAGUAUAUGUGUGUAGUAUCUACGUUUUCCUUCCUUCUCUCUUAUACUAGCUAUUCCUUCUAGAAAAGGUUGUUGAAGAAGAAGACUCACGAUCGAUAUCUUCUCUCUCUGUACAUUUUCCAGACGCUCUCACUCGGGUAUAUAUGGCUUCUUUUGUAUUGCUCUUGUUUUUGUUGAAGCAGGUGCGUUAGGCAGAUGUGUGUCGGGAUAGAGAAAUGUCUAAAAAUGUGUAUAGGGUUUGGACAGCACCACGACGAAUGCAGCUUUGCUGCUGCACAGUGUUUUGAUAAUGAGUUGCCGUUCAGACACCUGUACAGGUGGCGGUCCUCUGGCGACCGCACCUGAACACAAAUUUUUUGGGGGGGGGUUUCACAAUCGUCUGAAAAAAACACCAAGGAAUAGACGUUGGCUCUUAUCUGGCGGAUAUUUAAAAUAAGAGAGAGAUAGGAAAAAAAAACAAACUUGAAAAACAUUCCUUGCAGCGCCGUUGUUACAUUUUGAUAAAUGUUGGAUGGAAGGCGGCGGCCGCCGGGAAGCGCCAUGCAACGCAGGAUCCUGUGGUUGACGGUGGAUGUGGAUGACUUUUUCAAAGACUCUUUUUUUUCUCCUACGAUAACAGGCCGAAAAAGAGAAACAUCUUUUUGGGUUUUUUUUUGCUUUUUUUCCCGGAGAGUAUUGAGGGUUGCAUGUCGCGUGAGCGUCACCGGGUGACGUGGCUCCUGCACCACGCACAUUCGGCUGUGAGGGGCUCUGCUCUCUCUGACGAACCCUCCUAGAGGAGGAGGAGGAGGAGGAGGCGGUCCUCUGCUCUGGAAGGGAGGGUGUGUACACACAGAGAGCAGAGCAGAGCAGAGAGCUGGACGAGGCCAGCGGGUUAGUUGCAGUCGAGCUUUCCUCUCGUGUUGUAAUCCAGAAUCCUCCUCUCGGUCCCAGCGAUCCCGGCCAACCAACACUGACACACAAAUCAAACCAAUUGGAUAACAAAAAGUCCUGCUAGUAGUGGCGCAUUCCUCCGGCUCUUUUGGGGAGUCAGCCAGUGAGGGUUUCCUGCUUUGAUAAUGUGAGAGAGGUCGGACUCUCUCUCACUCACAGAGGAUGGACUAGUUACAGAAAACCUACACACACACAUCCUCUUUGGGCCAAGCUCUUCUCGGACGUGUACACUGCCUUCACUCUGUGUGUGUGUGUGUGUUAGCAACGUGACGCGGCUGGGCUAUAGAAGCGGAAGGCGGCGGUUUCAAUCGGUUUCUUAUUGCCGUUUGGGUCUCUCUAUCCAUCGAUACCUGGUCGCUCCCCCCCUCAGCUUAUUGGCUGUGCUCCGCCAGAAAGUCGAGUGUAACAUUGCACACAAAUGCCGUCAUCUUGCACCUUUUUCCCAUUGUUUUUUGGGCGAUGGAACCAAACACUUUUGAUAUUAUACUUUUCUCUACCUUUGACCAAAGUUGAUGGAACUUGGCUAGACUCCAAUUCCCAAUUUUUAUUUUGAAAAGAAAUAAAAGGUGAACCGAAAAAUCGUAGACUAAGAAAGAGAUGAAAAACAAAAGACUAUUCUCUAGACGUGAGGUGGAAUGCCUCGGCCGCGUAAUCAGUUGGCGGGUGGCGCGCCCGGCCUCACACCGCAGAGAGUCAUCAGGUGGGAGCGGAAUGGACCAGCACGUCCACCUUUUUUAUUUUAGUUUUUUCCUACCUACCUAUCUCUUCUUUUUCUUUUUUUAACGUGCCUUGUUUUCACAUGAUAAGAAACUCUUGACGACGACGGAAUGAAAUGGAUCCAGGUCGUCUCGUGAGACGCGAUAAGACUUUUGCAGCAGAAACUUAAAGGCCAUCCUAAGGUGUAAACAACCUGAGACGGACGGGAGAGAGAGAGAGAAAGGAGAGAUAGCAGUAACAGCGCCAUUGCCACCUUCCCGCGUGAUUGGAUUCAAGAAAAUCCUGAUUCUUUCUUUAUGUCUUGACUCGACCUUGAUUGAAAAAAAAAAGGAUCGUGAUCUGAACCGACAAAGAGGAUGAUGAUGGUUAACAAUCACCACCAGUUGCGUUUCACCAACUCUAGACAACAAAAAAGAAAAGAAAGAAAGAAAAAACGUGCUCCCGAAUUGUAAACUCUUCAUUAAAUUCUCUCUCCCGUUUCUCUUUUGUCUUUUCUGGGUUUUUAUUUUCUUCGACUUCCUCCUCCUAUUCCGAUAAGAAGCCUUAUCUCAUCCCACCGCCAAGACGAGAGCUAGCUAGCUGGAUAGGAAUGGCGCCACCGGUGCCAUCCACUUUCAAGAGCCAAGGAACGAACAACAAUCAUCGAGCGGCUGGAAUCGCUCGCCAAUCCGACGAUGAUGAGGAGCCGGCCAUGCCGGAAGAGGACAUGGAAGACAUGGAAGAAUUCGAAGCCGAGGAAGCCGCUCUCAUGAUGGACGAAGAAGAAGAUGGUGGUGGAGUCGGUGGUGGCAGGGGCGGCAAAUUGGGUGGUGGGAGGACUGGCCGCCAGUCGGCGCCACUGCCCAUCACGGCCGGUGGUGAUUUCAAGUGCUCCGUUUGCGACUUUACUACUCGCUCCCGAGUCACGUUACAACGCCACGAACGGCUCACGCAUCUCAAGAAAAAGUUCUUCAGGUGCGUGAAAUGCAAUUACGUGACUCACGUCAAGGCCCGCUACACCAAACACGUUAAAUAUCAUUCGAUGCCCAUGAUCAAAUGUGACUUGUGCGAAUUCCGGACGCCCUACAAGUGGAACCUGGACCGGCAUCUCAAGAAUCACAUGGGCGGCGGCAUGUACCAGUGCUCGCUCUGCAACUUCACGGCCCACAUUAAACAGUCGCUGACGGUUCACAUACAAAAUCAUCACCUGAGUCCCGACAAGGCCAGAUCGGCCCGUCGGCGCAACAAGGUCGGUGCUUCCGACCAGCUCAACGAAGUCAGCCCGGCCGAAACGGCCAUGGACGCCGACGAGGCCGAGCUCUUGCGGCUCGAGCGGAUGGAACACGACGCCCGCUCGCAGGGCGGCCUCCGGCCCUUGCCGGAUGACGAUGACGACGAAGGAGAACUGGAAGGAGUUGACCACGACGAGGAGCUGGCCGGCAGCUCGUCGAAAGCCGAUCGGGAAGAUUUUGGUUUCCUACACCCGGACGAUUUGACGCAAAAGAACGGACGUCUCUACUCCACCGGCCGGAGUCGAUCCCAGUGCUCCCAGUACAAGCCCGUCUGGGGGGAUGGGGAUUUGAUACGACAGCCGGCCGGCAAAGUGAACGGCGAAAUGAAAACGACAAAUGUUGGUGGACAAAUGUCACCGGUGAAUUACAGUCUGGCCGUCUCUCCGCCGGAAUUGGUUGCGCCCAAGAAAAACGCCCCUCGACCUAUCCCGAAUUUGAUCCCGAUCGCCCAGUCGGGACAGCCAACGACAUCGCCGGCCGCUGCUGCCACCAUUCUGAAAAUUCCGCAAAUUCAAAUGCGUGAAUGGGACGAAGAGCCCAGCUCUUCAUCAAUCCUGGAAGCUGUCGGAUUGCUGGCCAAGAACCAAAAGGCGGCGGCGGCGGUGGCCGACGAGACCCGCAAGCGCAAAAGUGGAUUCCUCGAUCAACUGGCCCAGAAAUUGGCCGGUUGCAGCAACAACGAAAGCAGCCGGAGUGAGGACAGUCAUCCAUUGGCGACGGCCAGCGUUUCCACCAACAUUUCCUGGUCGUCCAGGUGCCAGCACUGCCGCCAGAGGUGCAAAACCAGAGCCGAUCUCCUCUCGCAUUUGAAACAGUGUCCCAGGGCCCUGCAGGCGGCCAGCAACGAGGAGAGCGAAGAAUCCGCCGCUUCCGCCACCACCGCUGCCCAGCCGCACCCGAUGGAGAACAAAGUUUUCGUCUGGAACCAGUCGAUGGCGGCCGAGGAAGAGUCCAACACCGAGUCUGAAACGGACGCCAUGAUGAUGAUGAUGAUGAUGGAGGAAGAAGAGAACAAGCGGCCGUCUUCCGUGGCCGGAAGCGAUGUUUCCGAAGCCAGUUUGGUCGGGAUCGAAACGGCGCCUGGCAUCGGGGCCGUCACGGGUGGCGCUGGAGCACCGGCCGCCGGUUCGUUAUCGAUGGAACUCCGCUCGACGGUGCGCCGAGUCUACCGCUGCCCUCAGUGCUCCUUUUGGGCCACGACGGCCUCUCGCUUCCACGUCCACAUGGUCGGCCAUACCAACACGAAACCGUUCGAAUGUUCUCAAUGCGCAUACCGCUCCAACUGGAGGUGGGAUAUUACUAAACACAUCAAGUUGAAAGCGGCCCGUGACCCGGCUCACACACAGGCUCGAGUUCUCUUGCUGGACUCUUCGGGCGAACGUCAUUACGAUCAGUACGACCGUUACCUGGUUAUGAUGCGCGUCACGGAAUCGGGAGGGCCGGCGGUGACCCACGGACGAUUCGCCAUGGAAGAAAUGGGACGCAGAGCGGCGGCUUCUUCUUCUCGACGGACCGAUUCUUUGUCGCCGUCUCCAUCUCCUUCGCCGGUGCCUUCGCCCGUUCCCGUUGCGGCUCCUGCCGCCACCGCAACUUCUUCCACCUCCGUAGAGUCGCUGCCGUUCAAUUUGUCCGCCGUUUCGUUGGCCACUUCGCUGGCCAGUAUCGCCUCCAGUCUCUUACCGCCACCUCCCGCCAUCCGCCAGCUUCCGUCGCUCAAUGCCAUCCACCCGGAAGAUUCUCAGCACUUGACGACGGAAUAUCCGUCGCCCACCAAAUCGACCAGCGGCGCCAGCACCAAUCCACGACGGACCAUCUGGAAAUGCAAACGCUGCGUUUUCAAGGAUCAUAACCGGGAGACGGUCUUGCAACACAUUCGAAGCGCUCACUAUCAUCCAUCGGGUGUCGGUACUAAUCACAGCAGUCCUUCCCUGUCGGUUUCAUCCACUGGGCUGACGAGCGGCGGCCAGAUGGCCAUGGGUGAGCCUGGCAGCUUGGCCACUCUUUUGCCACCACCGCCACCCGCCGCCGCCGCCGGCUUCCUUCUCUCUUCCGGCGGAGGAGGAGGAGGAGGAGGUUCUUCAACUUCCACGGCGCCCGCUUUUCGGUGUGGAGUCUGCAAUCAAGUUUCCAAUUGGAAACAUGUGAUUCAGCGCCAUUGCCGUUUGAAACACAAUGGCAACAUCCAAGUCAUUGAAAAUCGAGUGACGGAUGAAGACGGACCGGAAUUGAGUCGUGAAGGUGACGAUUUGUCCAUCUCGCCUCUCAAUGGCAGGGCCGGCAAGAAAACGGCCAAAAGAGAAAGCCCACUUCCCGACGAAGAUUCCAUGGCAGGUUACAUGAUGCACGCGGAUGUGCAACAGUAUUCGUGUGCCAUUUGCCCGUUUGCUUGCAAAAGUCUGACGGACAUUGAAGUUCACCGGCAACAUCACAAAACGGGAUCGGGUCGGCCCAUCCGCUGUCCCAUCUGCCCAUUUUUCGUCACCGAUAAACAGGAACUGGCCCAGCAUCUCGUACUGCACGGCAUGCACGAUUUGAAAUUGGAUUCUUCCGGCCAACUUUCUUGCAGCGUCGAAAAGCAGAGCCACACCGCGGAACAGUCGAGUUCCGGGAGAAGAUUCCGUUGCAGCUCUUGCCCGUACGUCAGUGACAACAAGAGCCAAUACGUUUACCACCGGCAGUUCCACCGGCCGCGGGGUGCACCUUACAAGUGUUCGCAAUGCUCCUACAAUGUCAGCCGGAGGCAUUUGCUGAACCAACACCUCAGCGUCCACGGUCUGCCGCCCGUCGGCCUCCUGGACGGUGAAAACUACGCGUCCGAUUCGGAUGCCAUCGGGUCGGAAGCCGAGGCGGAAGCUGAAGCCGCUGAAGCCAUUGAAAUGGCGGACGACGAAGUGAUGGUGGCCGCUGCUGAAGAUCAUUCGCCCACGCCCAUCUCGGCCUGCUCGUCUUCCUCGGCUGUCGCGGCCGCAUCCAGCAGCGGAAUCGGCUCGGAGGGUUACACCCACCUGGGCCUGGAUCCCAACACGAUCGCCCGUCUGCCGGACUCUGCCACGGUUUCGCUGCUGGACAUUCCGCUGACGUGGGUGUCGCGGGGGUCGAAAUUUUACAAAAUGUUCAAGUGCCGCCACUGCCCGCACGUCAACGUCCGCAAGGCCAACAUCCAGGAGCACGAGAAGAGACACCAGACCAAGCCGGGCAGCAGCGCCGCCGGAGGCGGUGGCGACAACAUGCACGCCUGCUCAAUGUGCAAUUACCGGUGCAACAACGCCGGCGUCUUGUCGGCCCACGUCAAAGUCCACCAGAACGUGCUGGGCAUCAUCCACGCCCUGGCCGAUCCUUCGAGAUCCGACGAGGAGCAGUUGCGCCAAUUGGCCGGAGUGGCGGGUUUCAAAACGGGGGGAGAAGCCUCGACCCUGGUUGGCAAAGAAGCGGAAGAAUCUUGUUCGUCGCUCUCGUCGUCCGGAAGUGCCGCCCCUCAACCGAAAUUGGAUUUGCUGCUGGGCCGGGCCGGCGAAGACGCCAAAGAUGACGGCGGGAAAAAGUUACACUUUUGCGCUCAUUGCCCGGCCCGUUUUCUGGUCGAGACGGAGCUCCUGAUUCACCAACGCUUUCACGGAGUCAAACUGGCCUUCCGCUGUGACGUCUGCUCUUAUACGGCCCGCCAAGAAAACCACCUGCUGGCCCAUUGGAAGGUCCACAGUCGCGAAUAUCAAGAGAGGACCAAGGUGCUGGUGGAACAUCACGGCGCGUCUGAACAGCAUCCGCAGCCGCGCAUUUUGGCCGUCCAACCCAACAGCAGUGCGGAUGAGGAGGAAGGAGCGAUAGAUUUGACCAGCCGGAAGGAAUCGGAAGUGAAACCCAGUCCAAUUGCCAUCACUGCCGAAAAGACUUGGGCCAAUUGCCCGCUGUGUCCGGCUCGAUUCGACCCGGACAGCAAAGCGCUGCAGUAUCACAUUUCUUUGCACGGUGGCAAUGGUCCGUUUCGCUGCCGCUUCUGCAACUACGCCGUCAAGGCCCAGGACAAUUUGACGAAACACGAGAAGCUGCACCUGCACCACCUGCACCAGACGGAAGACGAGGACGAGCUGACGGCCGAGACGUCGACGACGGACAACAAUACGAAGCCGCUGAAACGGUUCCAGUGUUCCAAGUGCCCGUCCAGCUUCGAGAAGAAGGAGCAGUUCAAAGUCCAUUCCAAUUUGCACGGCUCCAAGCAGCGCUACCGUUGCGACCGUUGCGACUACGCCGUCAAGUACUACACCAAUUUCCUGCAGCACAUGAAGAGGCACGACGAGAGCGAGACGGCCGCCGGUGGCGAAACGACGGCCGACGAAGCCAUGGACGUCGAAACCCACGAGCUACCACCGACAACCACCGUCCCGACGAUUCAAUUGCCCGAGCAGCCGCUAUCGACGGCCGACCGGCAACACAUUUGGCUGCAGGACAAGUUGCGUUCCGUUCAACACCAGAGCGUCCAGCAGCCGUUUUCUUGCCAGUACUGCCCGUACAGGUGUGGCAACCAGGAGGAUCUGAUUAGUCACAUCGACCAUCACGCGGCCAACGGCGCGACGGGCAGUUUCCGCUGCAAUUUCUGCGAUUUCACGGUGAUGAUUCAGGAGGAACUCUCCGAGCACAUUGGGCUGCACUUCCAGUUGAAGGGCCGCAAGGCCGCCAAGUUGCCGGAAAGUUAUUGGAAAUGCUCCAACCUGGAAAUUUGGUCAGAACCGGUGAACCCUGAAGUGGCUGGAACGGAGCCGGAAAUCGUCUACGACGAGAAAACGAAAAACCAGCCAGGCAGCGACGACGAUGAAGAAGAAGACGAAGAUGCUUUGUACAUCGAUCUCAGUACGGGCCAUCCCGUUCGAGAUGAAACGGCCACCGACUCGGCAUCGGUUGAUCCUGAAUCCUAACGUAAAAGAAAAAAACAAAGUUUGUCGAACUAUUUAAAACUACUACACCGCCAACACCACCAAUAUCCUAACUACCCCACUAGUCUUAAAUUUUGUUGUGUCUUUGACCGUUCCGAAAACCAAAUUUCGUUUUCCCCUCCUCUUGAUUCAUUCAUGAAAUAUUUAAAAAGAGGUUUGUCCUAAGUUUUCUCCUUUUCCUGUUUAGUGAAAUAUUUGUGUUAAACGUUUUAUUAUUUCGUAUCCCAAAAUGUUGUGGCCGGAAUCGUUUUUUUCUAGUCAGGUUUUCAAAAUGAAUAUAACCUGUACACUGGCCAAUUUACCUCUAUAUCGUUGAUCCUAUAUACCCCCCAUGUGUUGAAUAACAGAAAAAUAAUAUCCCAAAUUUUUGGGUUUUUUUGGGUUCAUUGUGGCCGUGCAAAAUUUAUCCCCCGUUUAAUUUAUACACACAAACAGAUGCACACGUACACAAUGUAUUAAUUAUGUAUAUAUAUCAUUAUAUAAUAUGCAGUUUGGCAUAUAUUUAGAAAGACAAGUUUUUCCACCCACCCACCAGCCAUAUCUUUUUUGACGUCAUUCAAACUAAAAAAAAAUAACAAAAUUCAGGUCCAUUUUUUUUGGGGUUGACGUGUACCUCGUGCGCCAAGUCAGCGACAUCACGCGGUUGUUGUGCCAUCGUCUUAUAAUGUAUAAUGUGUGUUUUUUCUUCCCUUUUUUUUAUCUUCUUGUAUUUAUGGCUGUCCCGGAAUAUCUUUGACCCCUUUGGCAUUUAUAGAGAAGAAAUGAUUCCAAUUGUUUGUUUGUUUUUUGGAGGGGGAGGGGGGUUGGUCGUCGCAGUCUCUCGUGUGUUGUAGAUUGCACCACCACCACUACUAUACUACUAAUUCAUUACAAACCAAAGCCUUGGCCUGUAUUUUUUUCAAUUUCUCCGACUUUGUCACGUAUUUUUCUUUUUUUAUUUUCACAUAUGCUGCGCGCGUGUUUUGUUUCGAUUUCUUGUCCAGGAGCCUUGACGAGUCGAUAUAAAUAUUACAAAUAUUAGUUGUGUC